AUGAAGUUCUCAUUCGCCUCCGCUUUCGCUCUCUCCAGCCUUUUCUUGGGCGCUCUCGCUGCUCCCACCAUGGAUGUCAGCAAUGAUCUCAUCGCUCGCACCGAUGUCAAGGCCGACGCCGUCGCCCAGAUCACUGUGCUCAGUGUCCUCACCGAGCUCCAGGCCGAUGUGGAGGUGCACACGGCCAAGAUCAACAGCACCUGCAGCGGCCUCUCCACCGGGCUUGACCUCAAUGUCGAUCUGAAGACCGCCGCCAUCGUCGCCAUCAAGGCCGAACUGACCGCCAUCAUCGAUGUCGUCACUUCUGCUACCGUCAAGCUUCAAGGCUGCGAGGCCGGCGCUGACGUCGAUGUUGUUGUCGGCCUGGUCGUCAAGCUCGUCCUGGAGAUCCUCUUCACUCUCAACGCCUCCUGCAAGAUCCUCGGAGUUGUCUCCCUUACCCUGCUCAACGUCACCAUCAACCUCGUCAUCAGCGUCAUCGCCAACCUGCUCAUCGCCGUCGAGGCCAUCGUCGGCGGUGUCAUCGCCCUUGCCUGGGGCUACAUCAACGUUUGCGUCGAUGUCGUCCUCCCCGGCCUCGGACAGCUCUUCGUCGGCCUGGCCGUCACUCUCCACGGCGAGUGCGGCUGCGUUAACCAGUAA